AGUGCAGUUCUGAGUCGAAUGAGUAUCACCCAAGAAAAAUUGUAUCAGUAUUACGUAUUUAUGAAUAGGUUUGAUAUGGGAUAUCAUUAGUUCAUAUUUCGCUUUUCGAAACUUCAACUAGGACCCAAAAACCCAGAGUUUUCAGGAAAAUGGCGGAGGAAAUUGGGUUCAAAUCAUCGAGAAAAGUUUAUUUUAUAGUGUUUUCAUCAUAUCUCUACUCCUUGACCAAUGAAAUCGCAAUAAGUUGGACCUCCCCUGUUCUACCACAACUACGCUCGAUCUACCCAAACUUCAACCCUUUCGGCAGAAGGAUAACGAUCGAGGAAGAAGAAUGGCUGGGAUCCUUGAUAUGUCUGGGCUACAUGGCAGGUCUUCUACCCUACGGUUACCUCUGCAGCAAAUAUGGAAGAAAGUACACACUUUUAUCACUAGGAGUGAUACACAUCAUCGCCUUCAUGCUGUUCACAACCGAAAGUGUCAUUGGCUUCUACGUUGGGAGAUUCCUCAGUGGUGUAGCGUCAAGUGUUGGAUUCAUCAUAUUCCCCAUGUAUAUUUCUGAGAUUUGCAAAGAUGGCGAUAGAGGAGCGCUCUUGGUAUCGAGACAAAUAUUCGCGGGAUGCGGUACAGUAAUAGCCUACGUUGCUGGGAAUUACUUGUCGAUUUUUUGGUUCAACUAUGUCAUAUGUAUAUUUCCCCUAUGUUUCUUGAUCUCAUUCCUCUUCCUAGCGGUGGAAAGUCCAUAUUUUUACGUGACGAAUCAGAGGUUAGACAACGCGAGAGAGGUCUACAUCGAACUGACUUCUCAACCUGAACCCGAUGAGGAGAUUGAGGAAAUGCAGAGGGCCCUUGAGAUAGUGGAUGCUGAAUCCAUUGCCGAGUUGAUAACGCAAAAGCACAUCCUUAAAUCUAUCCUGAUUGUCUUCGCCCUCUUCAUCUUUCAACAGCUGACAGGGUACAUGGCCUUCGCGACUUACACAGAGAUCAUCGUCAAGUCUAAACACGCCACCAUCUUCAUAGGAGUUGUAGUCCUGCUCGGAAGUUCCUUCACCACGUUCUUCAUCGAUAGAUUCGGCAGGAAGAUGCACCUUUAUGCCUCUGUUGUAGGUGUGAUCUUCGUGAACUUGGCUCUUGCUAUAUACUACGUUCAACCGGAGCCAGGCUACUGGACACCCGUCGUCUGUAUCACCCUGUUCUUCCUGAUGUACAACCUAGGGCUGGCGUUCAUACCGCAGAUCAUAUGCGCUGAAAUCUUACCCCAGAGGAUCAAGUUUGGGGUAGCAACGAUUGCGGGGGUUUUUGGGUGGGGGGUAGCCUUUCUUAUAACCAGGUACUUCUUGGAAUUGGAUCACGUGUACAUGGUGUUAGCCUUCGCCAUUUGCUCCUUGGUCCAGUUGGUCAUUAUUUUCAAAUACGUACCCGAGACCAACGGUCAGAGUUUUCGGGUGAUACAGGGUUUGUUACAGAUUGACGAUUGACGAGAUUCAGACUCGGGAACAGUUGGAUUUUAUCGGUGAUUUGUUUUUUCGAUUUUAAAUAAUGAUUUUCAACCUCCGAAUCCAUGUUAGACUUCGAAUAAUUCGAGAAUUGUGUAUGAUGGAACGAAUAAAAUUGAAGUUUUAAA